AUGGCAGAGCUAUGCCGCGAUAUCCACAUCGGCCGCAAGACCGACAACUACGACAAGCUCAAGCAAAUCAAGCAAGAAGCCAAAGAUCAGAAGCGGCGAGCGCUGUACGAAAAUCCCGAGGACAGAGAGAAGCGAAUAAAGCUGGAGAACGAGCAAGAGGCCGAGCGACGGAAACGAGCCGCAGAGCUGGUUGAUAAGGGUCUUGGAAACAACUCGGCUGCGGGACGUGCAAAUGGAGUAGCAGCGCUCAGGGUUGUGAACGGCAAGAUCGAAGUUGACCAAGACUCGCUACUCGUGGACAGACACGCGAUUGCUGACGCCGAGCGUACGACCGAAGAACGAGAAGUCGACAGUGAUCUCAAGAGGGUCGUCAACUCGGCGUCUUGGUCUCGCCGCGAGCGCGUAGAGCGCUGGAGUGCUGCCGAAACCGUCAAGUUCUACAAUUCACUGUCGAUGUGGGGCACCGACUUUGGUCUGAUUGUGCAGAUGUUUCCAGGUCGGAGCAGGCGACAGAUCAAGAACAAGUUCAACGCCGAGGAGCGCAAAAACCCAGCGAGAAUCCACACGGCUCUCACCAGCCGGAUACCGGUCGGAAAGGAUUAUGUGGACAAUGCUAUGAAGAGUGAGUCGAAGGAAGCGGAGAACGCUGCAUCGGCAGAAGAUACUGAGAGGGCAGGGUCGGAGCAACCCCCGUCCACUGAUCCGGCUACUGCGCCGCCUGCAGAUCCUAGCUCAGUUUCUGAGCCCGUGGUCAUCGCUGAUUAG